AUGACACCUUUAACUUCACCCUCAAGGCUCUUAACGCGACAUUUGGGUUACAAUGUGACCUUCCGGCAAAGAUUCCUGAAUCCCGUUACCAGUUUACCGAAGCAAACCCAAAGAAAGUUUACUUCUGUCACAGCACCCGAUCAAGCAGCCGCCGUUACCACUCAAACUCUUGUCACGCCUUCUCCUGAGUCCUUGGGGUUUGAAGAGACUUCUGUGAAAAAAGUACGUCGACCUAUCUAUCUGGACAUGCAAGCUACAACACCCGUUGAUCCACGCGUGCUCGAUGCGAUGCUUCCAUAUUUAACCCAACAUUACGGGAAUCCUCAUUCGCGAACGCACGCUUAUGGCUGGGAAGCAGAGAAAGCUGUUGAACAAGCUCGCACCCACGUCGCAGAACUGAUCGGGGCGGAUCCAAAGGAAAUCGUUUUUACAUCAGGUGCCACUGAGUCGAACAACAUAAGUGUUAAGGGCGUUGCCCGGUUUUACAAGAGUAGCAAAAAACAUAUCAUCACUACCCAAAUUGCGAGGCUCAUAGACCUAAACGCCUUCGCCGAAUCUAUCCGUCCUGACACGUCACUCGUCUCAAUUAUGACAGUGAAUAAUGAGAUUGGUGUAACCCAGCCGGUUGAAGAAAUUGGACGAAUUUGUCGCUCCAAAAAAAUUUUUUUCCAUACAGAUGCUGCACAAGCAGUGGGAAAAAUACCGGUCGACGUUAAUAAAAUGAAUAUCGAUUUGAUGAGCAUAUCAGGUCAUAAGAUCUAUGGACCGAAAGGAAUAGGUGCCUUGUACGUUCGAAGAAAGCCGAGAGUUCGACUUGAGGCAUUGCAAAGUGGUGGUGGACAAGAAAGAGGUUUGAGAAGUGGAACGGUUCCUACACCUUUGGUUGUGGGAUUGGGUGAAGCGUGCCGGAUUGCAAAAGAAGAGAUGCAGUAUGAUUCUGAGCGUGUCAAAAAGCUUUCUCAGAGACUUAUAGACGGUAUUAUGUCAAAGGUUCAACAUAUCGUUCGUAAUGGUGAUCCGAAUGCGAGCUACCCAGGUUGUGUCAACCUUUCGUUUGCAUACAUCGAGGGGGAAUCACUUCUAAUGGCUCUCAAAGACAUCGCCCUCUCAUCUGGAUCAGCAUGCACCUCAGCAUCAUUAGAACCAUCAUACGUCCUCCGCGCAUUGGGCGCUGAAGACGACAUGGCACAUUCAAGCAUUAGGUUUGGCAUAGGGCGCUUUACCACCGAACGAGAGAUUGAUCUCGUUGUGGAUAGGGUGGUUAGGCAUGUUGAUAAACUGAGAGAAAUGUCGCCACUCUGGGAGAUGGUUCAAGAAGGUAUCGACUUGAAAUCAAUUCAGUGGAGCCAACAUUGA